AUGGUCCAAACGUCCACCCUAGUCAAGAUAGCUGCUGGAACAUUUUUGGUGGGAUCGACAGAAGGUCUACGGAUUGUUGGGGAACACAACCAAGCUAGAGAAGCUCUUGGACCUCCCAUACAAGUCGGUUCUGUUGAUCUUGCAGAUCGGCGUCACAACUAUGUAGGGAAAACCACAAGUAAGCUCCGAAUUCCAGUUACUGGAACCGUAGCAUGUGGGUUUAUGGACGUCAUGGCAGUUCGAAAUGAUGAAACCUCGCCAUUUGUUACGGCCAAAAUAAGGCUUGUGUUGGACGAGGAUGCUGUUUCCAUCUAUGAUACUGGUAAAUGGAAGGAAGUCGAUCCUGCUCACGUAGGGCGGACCCGUGAAAUGGCCAUAUCCGAUCUGAUCCAAGCGAUACAAGAUGUGGCAUGGCCUGAAUUUUUGCAACCACAUGUUGAAGUACUUCUUUUGUGGAUCACCUGGGCAGUCGACUACAUUGAUUUGGACUACCUCGAGCAAAAUAUCGCAAGGUGGCUCCCUGAUCUUAUAGGUUGGGCGAAUCGAAUUUUGAAGACCACCAAAGGAAUUGUUGGAAAGAAGGACCUUGCGGCUUGGUGCGAAUGCAUCGCAGAUUGGGCGGUUGGUGGCAAACUCUAG